GCGACAAUAAGACGAUGCAGUACGUCUAGCGUAGAAUAAGCACCACUCUGCAGAGCUACUUAAACUGUUCCGAAGUCCUGGAACCAAAGAAAAACUAUAACGUAGGUCUGCUCGAUCAUCCCUGCUUACUACCCUCCCCCAUCAGACACACACAACAUCACCAGAUUCAAGAUGAGGUUCCCAACUCGAGCCAGCUUGGCUGCUCUGUCAGCAAGCUCUCUCUUGACAUCCGCCCUUGCCGCGAACAUCACCAUCUACCAGCCCAAUGUCGCCUUCGUGCCCACACCACUCCCGGCCCCCGGCCCAGCCAGCAACUUCGAGGCCAUCCUUGAACAGUUCAACCUAUUGGGCCGCACGACCGUCUGGAAUCUGGUCAAGAAGAUCAAAUUCGAAGGCGACACCGGCGAACCCGAGGGCAUGGUCAACAUCGCUGAGGAGCGCUACAUCCUCGGUGGUGGCCAAUGGACCAACAAGACCGUCUCGUACGGCAAGAACGUCAUCAUCAACGGGACCGACCGCACGCCAGGGGCUGGCUACGCGCAUCUCACCGUGUACGACGGCCAGGGAAUGCGCAUCGCGGACGCCACACUGACCGAACCGGGUGCCAUUGAGUACCAUAUCGGCGGAAUCGAAUACGACGGAGACAAAAUCUGGGCGACCAUCGCGCAAUACCGGCCCAAUACCACGGCGACCAUCGUCUCGGUAGACCCGACCACCUUGGAAGACACGAAUCUCAUCCACUAUGCCGACCAUCUCGGCGGGAUCGUGCAUGACACGCGGAAGCAGGAGCUCAGCACCUUGAAUUGGGGAGCUCGUAAUGCUUCGGUCUGGGAUCUGAAGGCCAAGACAACAUUCCAGUAUCCUCAAUUCACCCAACCGAAGCAAGUAGCACGCAACCCGUUCUUUUCAUACGAUUACCAGGAUUGUAAGUACCUAGGACAUUCAAAGAUAUACUUCAACCACGGCGUCAUGAUGUGCAGUGGCGUGGCCACAUACUCGAACAACGUGACCGUCGGAGGCCUUGCGGUCGUCGAUAUCGAAACCAUGGUGCCGUACUCGGAAGUGCCCUUGACCAUGGUCAGUGAUCUGGGAACUCCAAUCACACAGAACCCGUUCGAUGUGGCGUUGGUCGAUGGCAAGAUGCGGUUGUACUUCUUGCCUGAUCAGCGCAACUCGACGCUGUACGUGUACGAGGCUGAGCAGAACAGUCCAUACCAGUAUUAGGGAUGGUAAGAAUCAAGGAGAGAUGAGAUCAGUCGGUCAGUCAGCCAGGAAGGGAUAGGACGAAAUGAUUGCACAU